AGGGCAGGGGACAGUGUCUGUGGAGAAGGGGGGUCUGUUAAGGUUUCCGCCCGUGGGCGGGAGGGAGCGGUGGGGUAAGCAGCCUAGGAGGACUAGGGGGCUCCACAAGGCCCGCGGCCAGGGCGCCCCAAGCGGGGCCGCGGUCCACGGACGGUCGCCAAUGGAGCGGGGCUGCGAGGGGGUGCCGUUGCUGCGAGAGAAAACCUGGAAACCUUGGAACGAGCUUAUGGUGAUUGGGAAAAGAGUGGAGCUUCUGAGUAGAAACACUCAAAAACCGAAGCUGGAGUCUGAGUACUGGAGACUGGAAGAUGUGGAAAAGACGGUCUUGAAAGGGAAGUCAGGCCCGAGUCAGGAAGGGACGGAUGUGAAGCUGCUGCACCGUGGAGCAAGUGCAUCACAUGCUUCAGUAGAUUUGGGGAAAGACAGCCCAAGGGAGAUUUGGGGAAAGCAAGAGGUCAAACACGAAAUAAGGGCUAAAUCUAAGAGUGCAGGGAUGACAGCAGGGCCUAUGAAGGGGUCUGGGUUUGAAGAGAGGUUGAGAUCUGCUAGGGAGAAGGUAGGGACCACUGGAGAGGACUUGAGAUCCAGUGGAUAUAAACUGGGGCAGAAUGAGGAGUUGAGGUCGAGUGUAGACAAGAUGAGAUCAAGUGUAGAGAAGCUGAGGUCUAGUAGUGAGAAGCUGGUGUCUGGGGGAGAGACGCAGGGGUCCAGUGGAGUGAAGCUGAGGUCCAGUGGCAGAAAGCUGAGAUCAAGUGGAGAGAAGCUAAGAUGGAGUGGAGAGAAGCUGGGAACCAGUGAUGAGAAGCUGAAGUUGAGUGGAGAGAUGCUGAGAUCAAAUGGAGAGAAGCGGGGAACCAGUGGAGAGAAGCUAAGAUCAAGCAGAGAGAAGCUGAGGUUGAGUGGAGAGAAGCUGGGAACCAGUGAUGAGAAGCUGAGGUUGAGUGGAAAGAAGCUGAGAUCAAGCAGAGAGAAGCUGGGAACCAGUGAAGAGAAGCUGAGAUCAAGCAGAGAGAAGCUGAGGUUGAGUGGAGAGAAGUUGGGGUCAAGUGCAGAGAAGCUGAGAUCUAGCGAGGAGAAGUUGGGGACCAGUGGGGAGAAAUUGGAGGUUUCAAGAAUGGGGAGCAUAAAUGAGGAGAACAUUGAAAAAGUGGUAGAAGUUACUGGUGAUGAAAGAGUGAUGGCAUUUACUGAUGAUGAGAUGGAAAUUCCUUUUGAAAGUGUCAAAGGGAGUGAGGAACUACAAGGGACUGAGAAAGGAGUGGGAGUUGACGGGGGCGUCUUGCGUGAAGUGAAAGAUAUCACUGAUGAAUCUGUUUCUAUGGAAAAUAAAGAUAUUAUAGGUGAAGGUACCAGUGAAUGAGGCAGAUGAAGGACUGACACCAAACAAGGAAAGAGGCAGACAAGGGAAGUACUGGAAGUCAGAGGAGAAAUUAGAGCCAGGCAACUUUACACUGAAGGGGUAAAGUUGAGAGAGGAAUGGAGAGAGUCUGAGCCUAAAAUAAAAAAGAGUGGAAGUGAGGAAGAAAAGCUACUGGGGCUGAAGGCGGAGGCCAGGAUCAAAGGAAGUAAAGAGGACUGGCUGGUUCAGAGGGAGUGGGAACAUAUGGAGGAGAAAGAGAACGUGUUGGUAACGUGUUGACAGAGGAAACUUGGGUAUUGGGAGAAAACCUGACUGGGAGCUCAUAGGGAAAUGUUUGAGAAAAGGAUGGAGGAUGGGCUAGAAGGAUUUUGUUUGACACAUGAUGGGGUGUAUGAGAUGGAGGAUAAUUGCAGCAGGAUAAAGGGUAGAUUUUGAGGGUUGUGGAAGAAGGUGCAGGCUGAAGUGCGCAAAAUUUCUGAAAGAGGAGCCUGAAGAAUGAAGGGGUCCCAAGUGACAAAAGCAGGAGAGGAGA